AUGGACUUUGUGAAGCAGCCCCUGUUCUCUCCGCACCAGAACCCCGCGGCUCGGCUCAGCUCCAGCCUGAAGCACCACCAGGACCAUAGUCUGGACCGGGCCUAUCUGGGCCUGGACUUCCUCUGGGCCCUCACCCCGAGCAAAGGGGACUACAUCCUGCUCAACUUCAGCCAGCCACUGCACAUCCACAGGUACCUGUUCCGCAGUGGAGACGUGGAGACGAGUCUGGAUCGGUUCUACAACACCACGGUGGAGGUGCGGCCCAGCAGUGAGCUGAAGUCUAAGCACACGUCUGGGUUCUCGCUCACUCCUGACGGCUUCUUUGUUGUGGGCAGGUUUGACAAAGGCCGAGCCGAGGGCAGAGUGAAUGAGACUUUGCAGCCGGUCUCAGCGCUUCGUCUGAUGGUUCAACAGGACUCGGACUUCUGGGUCAUGCUCAAAGAGAUUUUUAUUGAAGUUUGA